AUGAGAGCUCAGCCGAAGCGCGAUUCGAGCUUUGCGUCGAACCGAUUCAAGUCCAGGCCUGAGCAGCCUGAUGCAGAUGAUGAGCUCCAGAGCGAUUCCGAUGAUGUUCUCAGCACAAUGAGCUCCAACGCAAUUGAUGAACUUGACGUGACAUCGGAAACUGCGUCGAAGGGACAGUCAAGUGCGCAUGAGACGGAUGUCGAGAUCCCUUCCAUCGAGAAUGACUUUAAUUUCGACGAUGACGACUUCAUGGACGUUCAACCGAGGUCCCAUUCGAAGGGCAUAUUAGAUGAGCCUGGGACGGAUGAUGAACCGGUGAGCUCUAGCGAGUCCGAGUCAGAUGACGAUGCGGCAACCAAAACAAAGAAGACAUUGCAGGAAAAGCUCGACGCGGAGAAGCUCAAGGACAGCGUCAAUAAAGCUCCUAGAAGGACAUAUAGCGAAAGGAAGAGUGAAGAUGAGUCUGAGAAUGGGAUAUUCUCUUCUUGGAGGGAAAAUUCGAAGCGUACGAAGAGGACCCAUGGCUAUUCAAGAACGAAAUCGGGCUCAUCGUUUCCCGGUUCCAGCGCACGCUCUGCCGCUGCUACGCCGGACAAACGCUCACAGCAAGUCAAAAAGAAAAAGGGCGAUAGCCCAGAGAAGCCAACAUUUCCAGCAUUCAGAAUGCCCACGCAAAUCGACAUUACUAGGCCUUCAAAUACCCCCAGUGGAGAAACCAAGGAUUCAGGCGAUGUCGCUAUCCCACAUGCCUCUAAUUCGGUUUCCUCGCUGGGUACAGUAUGCGCAAUUGAAACUCAGCCCAUGUUAUUAGAUGAUACGUCCGAUUCGCCCCUCAGCUCCGCGCCUAGCUCUCUAGACUCUCCAGGGCCUCGUCCGUCACUUUGCCCGAUGUGCAAGAAAGCAGUCGAUCGAGAGCUGCUCAUGCGAUUUGAGACACAGCCAAAGCAGCGCAUUCGCGAACAACAGCAAUUCUGUGCCUCGCAUCAGCAAAACAGCGCCGAGAAAGAAUGGGAGGCUUCGGGUUACCCAGAAAUUGACUGGGAUACAUUCGACGAGCGCGUGCAGAAUAAAUUCACGGAUCUGGAGAAGCUCUUGGUUCCAGACUGCACGUCUUAUUACCGCAACAUUUUAGACACAACGUUGAAAUCCGGACAAGCCAAGAAUUUCCGCCUCACACUCACUGGCGAGGGAAUUGAGACGAUCUCUUGUGGGUACUAUGGGACCAAAGGAGCUGCAAGGAUGUUACAAGCGAUUGUGGAUCGCUUCUCUUUGAAACUGCGUCGACUAGCUGUAUCUGACCACAUUGUCAAGGCAGCUGGCGUAGCAGGCUACGCGCAAUCGGUCCUUGUACCCGAGCUCGCGGUCCGUCUGGUGAUGGAAGAUAUGGCUGUGGGUGAUGAGGAUGCGCGUGAAAUCCUGCGGGAGAGCAUUCAAAUUGGUCAGAAGCUUAAUCCUGCUGCAGAUGAUGUUGUGCCGGUUCCUGUUGAUUCCGAGAACGAACCUUAG